AUGCUGGUGGUCCGGCCAGUGGAGCACCCGGACGUGACCCAGUGCGUCACAAUCCGCAUUGACAGUCUGGGGUCUUUGGUCAUUGGACGACCGCCUCCGUACCCCGGAUUUUCAGAAGAUCAGGAGGCCACGAUCCACAGAGAUAUUGACAACAGCCCUCAUGUACACCAUCUUAAGGUGAUAGACCCUGACGAUGAGCACGAGAUAAUAGCUUAUGCCAAAUGGGAGGUCUACGAAAUGGGACGCCCGGACCUAGAAGAGCUCAGCCAACCGAUGGAGGAAUCGGCCAAGGCAGUUGAUCAGUUCGGGCGCCUGAGGGAGGCUGCACAUGACUAUUUCUGUACUCGAAACGGGGAGAAGGGAAAGCUACCACACCUGCUCUUGGCCCUGCUCGUCACAGCACGCCAGCACAGGCAACGCGGCGCUGGCAGCAUGUUGGUCCGAUGGGGAAUAGAGCUGUCAGAAAAGACCGGUCUUCCGUGCUAUCUACAGGCCUCUGAACAAGGACGGCGCUUGUACCAACAUCACGGCUUCGAGGAGAUAGGCACAGUCGAGUUCAACUUGUCUGAAUAUGGACUGGAUGGGAUCGAAAAGAUGACAGAGAUGACUAGGGGAAGCUGGUCCAAGAUCGUCCCUGAGCAAGGAGGUCGCCAGCUACCUGUGUAG